AUGAACUCGUCCACAACGACCAGGGAAAAGCGACCGGCAAAGAACAAUGCAGCGGCAGCGUCGGCCUUCAAUGCUGAGCCCUCUUCGGCAGACAAUACCACCACGUUCUUAGUUGUCAAAGGAAUAACUUCGGUGAAGCGAGCCUGGCUGAAUGGGAAAGGCACACGAACAGUAACAACACCGACUGGAGCCGUUUGGGCAGCACGCUUCACUACAGCCUUGAGCUGUGCGGCCUCAUGCGCACCAUGCACCACAAACACAGUCUCGGGCGAUGCAUGGCCCACAUACUCAAAUGGCUGCAAAUUUGUGCCAGCCUCCUUGUUGUAUGUUGCAAAAGCCCAGUCGACAGCCGCAUCGAUGCUGGCAGGUGCACCACUUCCAACAGCAAGAAGUUGCUGGUACAAACGGCCAAGCGCGGGCACAGACAUGACGCCGUGGAAGCGCGCAAAAGUGCGUGCGAACUCUGGGCCGUCAAACACAUGA